AUGGUUGAUGACAUUUUGCACAGAGUUCGAAUGACAAAUUUUAAUUUUGAUAUUGAAAGUAACGACGAGAUGCGGAACGAAGCAUUAGUUAUGUUCGAAGACAUGUGCGUGGUCAUGUGCGGCAGUCUGUUGUCAACUUUGGGAAUGCCAGCGCCAAAUCGUUCGAGGCAUGCUGCAUUCAAUCUUGAAUUACAGCGGGAGAAAAACUAUGAUCUAGAUGAGCAGGCUGAAAGAGUCCGAAAAAAUGUGCCGCUGUUGAAUUCUGAGCAGAAGAAUGUAUACGAUUCGCUGAUGAAGGUUGUUGAUGAUGGAACGGGAGGCAUUAACUUUCUCGAUGCUCCUGGAGGGACAGGCAAAACGUUCGUCAUUUCGUUGAUUCUGUGUACAAUUCGGUCAAGAUCACAAAUUGCGUUGGCUGUCGCAUCCUCUGGCAUUGCUGCCACAUUGUUGGAAGGCGGUCGAACUGCACAUUCAGCUUUGAAGCUGCCAAUGAAUCUUCUCAUGGUUGACCAGCCUACAUGCACAACGACCAAGAAUUCAGCGACAGCGAAAUUGAUGCGAGAAUGCAAAAUCAUCAUUUGGGAUGAAUGCACGAUGGCGCAUAAACUAGCUUUGGAGGCAGUUGACCGAACGAUGAAAUAUUUACGAGGUAAUUCGAGAGGAUUUGGUGGGGCAAUGAUAUUGCUCUCCGGAGAUUUUCGUCAAACACUUCCCGUCAUUCCGAAAUCUACUGCUGUCGAUGAAAUUAAUGCAUGCCUGAAAUCGUCGUUUUUGUGGCGGCAUGUAAAGAAGUUGAAAUUGACCACAAACAUGAGAGUUGCGUUGCAAAACGACCCAUCGGCUGCUGAAUUCUCGAGACAACUGCUAGCGCUUGGUAAUGGACACAUUCCGAUUGAUGUUGUUACUGGAUUAAUAUCGUUUCCGGCAAAUUUUUGUGAGUUCACAUCGUCGAAGGAAGAACUCAUUACAAAAGUGUUCCCAAACAUUGAUGUCAAUUAUAACAAUCUUGAUUGGAUGAGUGAACGGGCAAUACUAGCAGCGAGGAAUAAGGACGUCGAUAGCUUGAAUUUUAGUUCAGAGUGA